GUUAAGUAGCAUACCAAAGAAAUAAUCAACAUAAUAGGGUUAGGGUUAGGGUCUGUAAUCAAAUUAUGUUUUGUAAAGACAAAUACAUGGUUAGUUGUUUUGUUUUUUUAACAUAAUAACUAGUAUAAUUAUUUAUCUUUUUAACACCGAAGCAAUGCGCUUGAACCCGGAUGCUGAGUUUUCCAAUAACCACGAAGGCAUCACUUCUGCGCCCCCUGCAGGUCGCGCGAGCUCUGUGCUCACCAAAGCGCACCGAGUUUCGCUCACUCUGGCCAAUCGUGUCGCGCUGUGCUUCAGCACCAUUGCAGUGUGGAGAGAUCUUACGGAGGUGUAGCUUGCUGAAAGAGAGGGGCCAUUUAGAAGAAAGACACUCGACCUGGGUGACCGCCCCGAGCAAACACUACCCCUACUUCCCCGAUACAGUCACCGCGUGACAUUGCCGCGAGCAGCUUCAGUCCGGGUGACCCUCAGUGAUUGACAGAUGUGUGACACUGUGGAGAACCAUUUGCCUCUCCUCGUGGAGAUCUGAGUUCUGGGACACUGAGGCAGCCAAGGGGGGGUCUCUGAGGAAGAUGCUGGGUUCAGAGCGCAGUGUUGUCGAAGAAUGGCUCUCAGAAUUCAAGUCCUUACCAGAAACCCGCAUCCCCAGCUACGCCGGCAGCCUUCAUCUAAAGAAGUCCUUGGUGCCAGCUCUCUACAGAGUCAUCCAGGACCCCAACAAUGAGCUGCUGGAGCCUGUCUGCCACCAACUGUUUGAGCUGUACCGGAGCUCUGAAGACCGCCUGCGCCGCUUCACCCUGCAGUUCCUGCCUGAGCUGGUGUGGGUAUAUCUACGUGUCACAGCCAGCAGGGAUCGCCAGAGCAACGGGUGCAUUGAGGCCCUCCUCCUGGGCAUCUAUAACCUGGAGAUCGUUGACAAAGAUGGCAACAGCAAGCUCCUCUCCUUCACUAUCCCAUCUCUGUCCAAACCAUCAAUAUAUCACGAGCCUUCUAGCCUGGGGUCCAUGGCAUUGACGGAGGGGGCCCUCUGUCAACAUGACCUGAUCAGAGUGGUGUACAGCGGCCUCCACCCACAGAGAGAGACCUUCACAGCUCAGAACAGGUUUGAAGUGCUGUGUUUCCUCAUGCUCUGCUACAACUCUGCUGUGGUGUACAUGCCCCUAUCUUCCUAUCAGUCGGUCUGCAGAAUGAGCUCACGGCUGUGUGUAUGUGGCUUCCCCCGGCAGCAGCAGAAGCUUUGGAGGGCACCGUGCAACCGUGUGCUGCUGGACCCCGAGUUCAUGGUGCAGAUGCUGACUGCCAUUUAUCACGCCAUAUACAAUGGAGAGUGGGCGAUGGGACGGGAAGCUUUGGAAGACAUUCUGUACAGAGCCCAGCUGGAGCUUUACUCCCAGCCUCUCUUGCUGGCGAAUGCCAUGAAGAACUCGCUGCCAGCCAACGCUCCCGAUGACCCGCGGGGGCGCAAAGUGCUCCAGGUGGAGGUGACACCCACCAUCAGCCGCAUCUCUAUCUCAGCCAUCACUACUGCCUCCAUACGACGCCACCGCUGGAAGAGAGAGGAUUGUUUUGACUACUCAGCCGCAGGAGAGUUGAGCCUCAUCGUCAAUCCUCCUAGCCUCGCUCAGCACCACCACCACCACCACCACCCUCCCUGGGACCCCAGAGCCAAAGAGGAGAGAGAAGGGCGGCCUCACAGCCACCACAGCAGCAGCAGCGUCAUUCCCCCCAUCACAUUUGAGGAUGCUGAUGGGAUGAGCGGCGGGGAAGAUUCUUUCAACAUCAACGACCCAGACGAGGGUUUCUCCUCCGGGGCGUCUAACAGCAGCCAGCCCUGCGGCACCAAGGCGGGCGGCAGCAUGGGGCCGAGGGGCGGCAGCCUGAACAGCAGUAGCAGCAGCAUCAAGAAAGCCAUCACAGCCCGGCUGUCUCGGGAGAAGGAUCGGGAGAGGGAACGGGAGAAGGAUCGAGAGAAGGACCGUGAGAGGGAACGAGAGAAGGAACGAGAGAAGGAACAGGAGAGGGAACGAGAGAAGGAACAGGAGAGGGAGGCGGAAAAACAGGCAGAUUUGGCAGCGGAUCACCAGGCUGAUGUGAGGAGGCACCAGAAGCAGCAGUCACCUCCAGCUAGCAUCAACUUGGAUGCCAUCCACCUGAGCCCCAUAAAGAAGCACCUGAGCUUCCCUGUGGGGCCCACGUUGGUGCGGACUGGCAGCACCUCAUCCAGCAAGUCCUUUGACUGCAUGAAUUUCAACCUGAAUGGAGGUGAUGAUGAGCGAAAGGAGGAGGCGGCGGGGGGCUCUGAAAAGGAAGGAGGGCCUCCAACAGGCGGCUCCCACCGCCGCUCCACCAUUAGCCUGCAGGAGGAGCCCCUCAUCAGGCCAGAGGAUGCCCAGGAACUCCUGUCUCCUGGAGCUCCUCUCACCAAGCAGUCCCGCUCCCCCAGUUUCAACAUGCAGAUCAUAUCACAGGUCUAACAACACAAUGCAGGGCACGACACACACACACACACACACACACACACACACACACACACACAGACAGGAAAAUACCGGUUCCUUGUGCAGUUCUUCUCUGCAACUUUUAACAAUCCUACUAUGACAACUUCUCUCUACCUAUCUGUAUUGGUGUGUGUGUGCGUGUCUGUGUGUGCGCGCAUGUGUGUUUGUUUGUGCUCAAGAGUUGUGUCUCCACCCUUUUUAAAGUCUAUUCCAAUCUUGACCUGCAGUCGUUGCUGGUGGGUGUAGUAAAUGACGACUGUUGUAACUUCAGUCCAGCAUGUCACUGCGUCCUCCCGUCUGACCAAGCUGAGCAUUCCACAUAGAAACUUGCCUCAAAAGGAGGAAGCGUUGAGAGGAGAUGCGUAAGGAUGCCACGCUAGCUGUAGAGGAUAUCUAUGUAUGACAUUUCAGAAUUGUUUAGUUCCUGACUGAAUCGGUCAGAAAUGAAUCGGCAAUAAAACUUACCGUCGCUCAUGUUUGAGAAGAGUGAGGAUUAUUGCUCUUUCUCUUCAUUCCUUCCCCUUUCAUUCCCGGGCUCACGUGCAAUCGAUCUAGCUGAUUUAUCUUCCUUGUUAAUUGUUGUUUUUUAAUGAGGCAUAAAUGGUUUUAAUAAAUAAAAAUCCUUUUAAAUGUUUGUUUUUUUAAAAUCACAAUCCAAAGAAAGUAACUUGUCCGACAGGAAUUUGGCAAAAAUCAGUCGGACCAAAGUGAUUCUCUAGUUUUCAGCCGAUGACCUUUUUUUAUUUAUUCUGUAAUUAUAAUAUUCUCAUUUGAUCUGUAAAUUCCGACUUUUAAAAUGGUUGUAAACUGAAAUGUGGUUACGGUUUGUUUAACCCAAGCUUUUAGCUGGACAAAUCUGAAGAAAAUCACUACUGUGCAGCUACAAGAGGAAUGAGUUAAUCUUGAUUUAAUACCCAAAGGUGAAUUUGAGAAGAACUGGAUUAAAACGAUUUUGCCGAUUUGGGUCUGAAGCUAAAAGGCAAUGACUGUAUUUUAUAUUUGAUUGUCAUGAUGGUUUAAACCAUUUCAUGGGUCCUUCCAUCUGAAAGCACUUGUGUGUUUUCCGGGCUCUCGCUUGUGUGUGGUGUCAUAACUGAGCCGGGGCCGUCCUGCCGUCCGCAGGCUUGUACUAGUCAAUGCGCAUCAGCAGUCGCCGUGGCGAUCGUCUCACGUUUUGUGCUCCGAUUGGACGCUCAUGAAACAUUUUGUUCUACCUCAUUGUGUGUUCACCCUGCCACUCAGACACUCGUCUCCCAAUCAGACGCAGGAUUUAAAGAUCCCGUUAGGUUUGAAACUGGAGCGCUCGAACAGUUUGGGGGAUUAAACUGUGGACCAAACUGGUUUCACACUAGAACUGUAAGUGUACGUGUGUGUGUGUGUGUUCAUGUGAGGAGUUGUGACUGAAGGCCUUGCAUUUCAGUUCAAUCCCACCACGCACUACAAAUGGCUGCAAAACAAGAACACGACUGUCUCCAGGUUUUGAUCUGUCAAAUAACAAACACCCACAUCGGGAGAAACCUGAUUAUUUGAAUUCCCUAGUAAUUAUUCUAGUAAUUAUUCCCUAGUAAUAUAUUAUUUUCUUUAUAUAAUUUUUGAAGUGCAAUUUCUUUUCUCUCUUUUUUUUUUAUGCUCAUGUGCAUGGGAGUUGGAAUCUCUGCUGUUAAAUGCCUGCAUCUGCAAACAGUGCUAGCUAGCCUUCUGUCGUGCUCCCUGCCCCGGCUGAGUGAACUGAACAUGGCGUGCUGUCUGCAUGUUUAGUGCCCUGCAAAGCACGGCGGUUUCAGAUGUGUGAAACAGCCAGCGAGCCAAACCCAAGUCUCGUCCUCGUCUUUGCCAGAUGUGCCAAUACACAUCCUGUCCUUAAGGAAAUCAUGUUUUGCUUGGGUGUCUUAAGCUUACAAAUGCCUAUUUUUCUUUCUGUUUACUGGUCUUAUUUUAAAGUUACAGGACACAAAAAAAAGGGAUGUUUGGACGUAUGGCUCAACGUGCCCUUAGCAGCUUCAACUUUUUUUGCCAUGAAUUUGCUCGUCACAGGUGUGUGUGUGUGUGUGUGUGUGUGUGUGUGACACACUCACUGUUUGCUGUUUACAUGUAGAAGCGGUAUAUUAUGCGUCCGUGUACUGUAGAUGUCUGCUGUUGUAUUGCGUUUCCCUCUGUCUUGCUCACGUGCUGGUUUGAAAUUGAGAGUGAGUGAUAUAUGUAUAUAAAAGUUAGUUCAGUCGGCAGUGAAAAUCCCACACAGUCGAGCUCCUGCUGUGCUGGAAACCUUCUCAGCGGCUGCUCCUGGUCCCGAGUGAGUCCUGUUUGCGCUUUAGCCUUAAACAUUUCAGGCCAAGAAGCCUCGGCUCUUUGGACUCUCAUGCGCCUCCUCCUCCUCCUCCCCCCGCUGGACUGUGGAGGAAGAAGAGAGGAGUGCAGCUACAGUUCACACUCGCCCGGUCCUCUGCUGUCAUCCCUGAGCCGUGUUCCCAUUUGCUGUAUUUUUGCCCGUGAGUUGAGUGGCACCUUUUUUUGCUGUUUUUAAAACUGGUGACGUGUUCAUGUCAUUAAUGAGUGCCCCGGACCAAGGUGACCAGCAGCCAUGUUGGUACUGUAUGUGGACUUAGAGUAACGGAUAGACAAUUAUUCCUCAGUGUCCGGUGUUAUUUGCAUGUGAUCAGGGUGGGAAAUGAACACCAGCCAGUGAAUGUUGAUACAACUUGACUGUGGCUGGAAGUGUUAUCUGCUAUUCAUUUAGUACAUUAAUAGACUAAAGACGACUUCUCAUGAGGUCCAAUUACAUUUCAAAAAGCAUCUCUCUAUGAAAGUAAAAGGUUGCUCUUGGUCAGCCACUGUCGCUGGUGGACAAAGUUCAUUUCCUGUCCUGCAUGUGAUAACUGUGGGCUUUGUUUUAUGCACUUUAAUCCAUCCACCUCUCUCCUCAAGAUAGUUAUUGAAAUAAUAUAUAUACAUAUAUGUAUAUCUAUUAUAUAUGUGCAAACGUGUAUACACUCAAUGCAGGGUUUUAGUCUCUUUAAAGUAGUAAUUCUAUGUGAUGUCACAUCCAACACAAUGCUAUUUUUGUUAAAGUCUAAGGGUACAGCUAUUUAUUUAUUUUUAUUUUCAAAACCAAAAAAAAAUGUUACGGGGGUCUGGAAGGUCUCAGGAGUUUAUCAAAAAGCCACAUUUUAAAAAUGGCAGCACCAACAUUUCUGUUCUUAAAGUCAGAAUUGAUUCUAUGCAACAUGUUUUCCCCUCUUUUUUUAUUUUUGGUGUUACCAGCUUUUAUUGAUCCGUGUCGGGUGGGACGGGGCACAUGCAUUUAAGCUGAUUUUGAAGGUGCAAGUCCUCAACAGCGCCCCCAUUCAGCGGUUCUGUUUAUGCACCCUGUCAAGGUGCUGCAGAGCGAAGGACCGCUUAUGUGGCUGAAAUAAAAGGACCAUCCAUUUGUCAUCCGACUGCCCUCCCAGAGAGAAAGCCACACUGGGGCCUUUGGUGCAUGUCGAGCCCUUCUGUCAGUUUGCUGCUCUGUGGCUCAAAGACGUUCGUUGGUGUAUGAAAUAUAAACAGAUUAUCAACAAUGAAUCUAAUCUGGUUGCUUCGAGGGAAGCUGCUGGGCGAUGUGAUAACACUGUACUAUUGAUGUUGUAUAAAUGGAGAGAGACUUAUUUUAAAUCUUGUAUAUAGAAAAUGUACAAAGGUGAAAGCAAGAUAAAUAUAAAAACUGCAGAUCAGUCUGAGAUGUAGAGAGAAAUUAAUCUGUAUAUUGUUGAAUAAAUAUUGUGCCG